GCUCAAGAGGUUGGAUCGGUGUACGAUUUCUAUACUCAGAAUGCAACCAUCAACUCUGCAUCUGAUGCGAUGGUUGCGGACCUCUCAAAGAAGAAUAUGGGCGACUUUCUGGGAGAGGCGAAGAAGGUGAUGGAGGCCCUGGAUGUCCUGCAACAGGUUCACCCGUUUGUCGGCGUGGCUAUACUCGCUUUCAAGGCUGUCGUGAAUCUUGAGCUAACAAGAAGAGAAAACGAUCGUAGAGUUGGACUGAUGUUAGCUCAAGCAUCUGACAUGAUGACCAUGCUCCUCCAACUCAAGGACACCAAAGAUCUUGCCAUCGUGGGACCUCAUGGCAACAUUCGGGGGCGAUUGGAUCGUGUCCUGGAUGGCAUCAAGCAAGACAUCGAAGAUUGCGGAAAUGCCAUUGACAAAUACUACAAGUCAAAAUUCAUGGUGAAAUUAUUCAGAUCCUCCCAUUGGGCGAGCGAAUUCAUGAGAGUUUGUACCAGCUUUUCCCAGCGCACGCAGGACCUCCAGCUCGCCUUAAAUAUCAGAACAACGUUGAGGGUUGAUAUUGCCAUUGAUAAGCUAGACAAGCUAAUUCGGACACAAACCGACCGCGAAGCAAGAUUCGAGAAAGAAGUGCAAAUGCGCGGUGGAAGAGAGAAAUGUUUGGAAAGCGAAGACAAACUGCCUACUUCAAAGACCGCUUCUGCGAACGGAUCGGUCGGCAAGCAGUCCCACCUUGAUGCAUCACUGCUUCAUGAACUGCAUACUCCAUUGCGCAACUUACUCGAUGAGAAUCGCGCGCUCUUCAUGUUCAAGCUUGAUGCACAGACAUCCGAUAUCAAAGAUGCCAUCAAGGAUUCCGAAACGCGCAUUAUGUGGGCCUUUAACAGCAGAUUUCGACGGGUCAAGGAUCCACACCUCCGAUAUAUCUGGAAAGAGAUGAAAUGGACAACAAGCGUCAAGACAUUGUACUUCAUUGCGGAACUCCAUGAUUAUUACGUGAACCGUUUCUCCCGCCUCCUCCCGUCUCCAACUCCCACUGUCUCCGUCAUGUCCGAUUCAGAAGGAGAAGACCACGAGCUUCCAGCAGCCGAUCGUUCGUACCAAAAACUUCCUAAUGUCGACCUUGCAGACAAAUGGUGCUUGAAAUAUUUGUCCGUCUUCUAUGUUCCAAGUUUAUCCGAAGGCUUCGACGGCGAUGCGAAUGGCUUGGUCAGUAUAAGGGAGGUGAAUGCUUUUACAUCUGCAAUGCCUUCGGGCUGGACUCUGCCGCAAGCACUUGCAUACUGGGCUGCAGGGUGGAGGGUGGAUAGCCAAUACUAUCAUGCACGAAUUGAACAGGUCUUGAACAGCAUGAUUUAUGCACAAGAAGAUGUACUUCCACAAAACAGGAGGUGUGUCGCCAGAUACUUGAACUCAUAUAUCAUCGAUGUUAUCAAAAGGCUCGUCCGUUCUCUUGCAGAGCUUAGAUUAGAGGAUUCGGACUUGGAUCUCGCGCAAUUGACUGCUCGGCGUCGCGAGGCUCAAGAGGCGACAUUGGCGGACAAGCUCAACAUCGUCAAGUAUGAAAUCGACUCCAAAGAUUCCAUCAAACUUUUUGGAUCUGGUCGCAUCGAAAAUUUCUUGCUGCCUUUGCUUUACCUCGUAAUUAGGAGGCAUUUACAGAUCAUGAAACUUGCCAGCACAGUGAUUCUGGUCGAGAGAGAGUUUGAAUCUGCAACCCAAACGAUACGAAAUAUUUUGGAAGGGGUGUCUCUGCGCGUGGACGAACUGGCAGGUGCGUUUCUGAGCUAUGUCAUGAUAAGCUAUCUCCUUACACCAUCACAGAAUCGUUUCGUCAGCAGGGUAAUGAUCCAAAAGCAAGAUUCACAUGGCAUGCGCAUGGCUUGGUAUGUGGAGACAGCAACUUUGUAUCAAUUCGGUCUAAUACCUCGUAACAGUACAACUUUUGGUACAGUCCAGAAUUAG